GUCUUCCCUCAGCGUACCCCAAACACAUAAAGAGCAAGCGCAGGACAAUGAAUACCAUUCCAAAUGUUCUUCUUACUGACAUUGUUAGGCGUGUAGGGAAGCAUGGGUUCCGUGAGCUUUGCCCUCUAAUCGCUGCUGGUCCUGCUACCAAAGCAAUAGCUUUCGCAGACGAAGUGCUCCAGGAUGCUGACAUAGAUGAAUUCAUCUUCGUGAGCCGCCUAUGCCUUGAAAACUCCAGGUACAGGCCUUUCCUUUUAAAAUGUGUUGCUGCAGGCAACGUUACUGCAAACUAUGUCGAAGGUCUCCGCUUAGCUGUUCAGACGGGCCCUAGCCAAAGGGCACUCGAUCUGAUAGCUUCAGCAACUGACGAAGUUAUAUACGCUCACUUUGCUCUUGGAGCUUUCCUGAUUUGCUGCGGUGCAUUUGACCAUGACAUGGAAGUGUUCUUUGCUUUCUUCAGAAGUGUUGGCACCAUUGAGGAGGCUGUUGGAGUUGCUGAAAUGGUUAUACAUCAAAUAGCGGACAUGGGAAUUUUACCUUCUGGCCUCUAUGACAACACACUCCGCUUUGGUGGGUUACCACACUGUGUGCUCAACAACUUCUCUCUUCUCCAUCUCUGCCCAAAAUGCUUCGCCUUCCACUACGCAAGCCGUAUUCAGGCAAUGUGCUAACCCAUCCUCCUAUCUCGUCAGCCACUAUCUCGCUCUUAUUCUGUAGACCAUGUUACUGAUGUAUUAGUAUAUGGAACUGUCGUAUGCUGUAGUCUUUAUUAUGCCAAACUGUGUAACGCCUAAGCCAAAAAACCUGCUACUUCUGUCCUACCUCUAGUGUUUCCUUUUGAUUCAGAAAACAAAAUUUGCACCAAAUG